GAGGCACUUCUCGAUGUUCCACAUUUCUGGAGUCUUUUGAGUCAGAUUUAGUCGGCGGGUCUCCUAUUUCCUCGGGUGUUAACGAUGACUCAGGGGACUUUUCUAUCGUGGAUUCAUGUACAGCUACUAUGAACGCUCCUUCAGACACUGUAGAUGACCAUGCCCUCCCGGUGCCGCCUAAACGGUCAUCAGUCAGAGCCCCUCGUCGCCAAGGACUUGUCUUACGGAUGGAGCAAAGACUCUUAUGUGGCCUAGUUGAAAACUUGGCUCCUCCGAAUCACAGUGCUACCACGGUGGAGCACGGGAAUCGCACUAAAGCUCGUGCCAUUUGCGAUCAUGUGUACUCUUGUCAAGGUGAUUGGUUGAAUGAGCCUACUCUUCGCCUACUCGAUUUUUAUCAUCUCAUCAAUGACGACGCUCGCCUUUUGUGUUGGCUGGCUCGGCGCCGCCUCAUUUCGAAUCAGAUGCGUUGCAACAAAUCUGGUUGUGAUUCUCCACUGUUUCUCACACCUGACCGCGCCAAUAUGGACGGAUGGAGUUGGCACUGUGGUCACUGUCGUAGAAGACGGUCUAUCCGCCACCAGAGUAUAUUUGCCCACUCUAAUCUUCCGAUCAAGAUAGCUACGCAGAUUCUAUUCCUUUGGAGUGUAGGACAUCCUGAAGAACUCAUUGCGUUUGACGCAGGUACAUCAACACAAGAUGCAGAUGAUUGGUUGCAUUGUAUCAGAGAAGUAUGUCGUGAGACCAACACAUCCAUAAGGGAGCGAAUCGGUGGCAUUGAAGUCGAGGGUAACGGCAACGAGCCGGGUUACUGCCGAGUAGUGGAAGUUGAUGAAUCUAUGUUCAGCUGUUGGUUGCGUGACCCAAAAUCGGGUCCCAUUUUGCGAAAGAUUUGGCUUCUCGGUGGAGUGGAACGAGGUACUGAACGUGUCUUCCUGACUAGAUGUCCAAAAAAUGCUCGGGACGCCUCCAGCCUUAUUCCGAUUAUCAGGGACUUUGUAAAGCCUGAGACAGCAAUCAUCACAGAUGAAUGGGAGGGUUAUGCUUCCCUUGGACGACUCCCCGAAGGCUACCAACACUACGUAACUGAUCGAACCAAAGGCAUCGUGUGUCCUGAUCAAAGUGCUGUACAUAUACAAAAGAUUACCGGCCAAUGGUCGCAUUGGAAACGAAGUUUUGAAAGCCUCAAUGGAACUCGAGCAGACGAGUUUGAAGCCCGUUUAGACGAAUUCCUUUGGCGAAUGCGCCAUUCGAAAUCGAUCUUACAAUCAUUUUGUUACUCGGUCACCUUUAUAUUCAAAGUCUGACAUCUUUAUCCGUUUCAUUUUUUCCUAUCCUUUGUACAUAACUGCUUGCUUCAUCACAGCCCUACUACAUUGGGCGGCCACCUGAAACGACUGUCUUUUUCAUAUUAUAUACGUCGGUCCACUUUCUUGAUCUAACUUCCACAGGAAUGUGUAGUGAUAACACUUUGGGCUCCGUAGCUUGACGUUCAGAGUCAGUCGAUGGCUGUACUUCAGUCCCUAUGUGGGUUGACGAUUAAGUUAAUAAAUGUGUUUGCGAUGUCGUAAAA